AUGUUCCAGCGGCCAGCGGCAAGUCCGCCGCCGGUGGUGCCCGCCAUGGACGCGGAUGCAUAUGGCUUCGCCGGAGGGCAGGCGCUGUAUACUGAGGACGAUGACGAUGCCAACGACGGGCUGCCGUCGUCGACCGGCGACUUGUACUUUGUGGUCGACGAGCGCGCCGACGCCGGCGAGCCGCUGUACAUACAACUGGCAGCACCGGUACCGUACCCGUGGAUAACGACGCCAAAGCAUGCAAAGCGCAAGCGCCACAACCACUUGACCAUAUCCGUGCCCACGGAAAGCUCGUCCAGCGACCACGAGUCGCCGCGCGCCGUUGCACCAUCCCGUCUCGACGCGCUCCUCGCGCCAGCGCUGCCACCAGUACCCGUGACCAAGGAGCAUCGCCUCGACACGCUCUUGGCCCGCGUCCGAAACAAGAUCCUCACGCGACAGGCAGAGGACAGCUCGCGCCUCCGUCAAUCGCUCGAUCGCGACUACUUGGCACCGGACGCGAGCGACUCGGGCGACGAUGCGUUUGCGCUCGUCGCGCCGCUACUGCAGCCUCUGUCAGACAAGACGGGGAUAGCACCGGCGUUGCACGACCCGCGCCAUCGACAGCUCAAGGCCAAGCCACCCGUCGGCGACCUGCCGGCGCCGCCACGUGCGUUUCCGGAUCCCCCGACGUCGUUUUUUCUGCCGUUCGUGCACGUGGUACCACCCAAGCGCGUCUUGCCGGCGGCGUCCCACAUCGGCGUCACCAAGAAGAGCAACCCGCGUACGAUCUACAAUUGCGUCAAGUGCGGGCGCAUGAAGCGGUCGCACGUGUGCGCCUUCUCGGACAAUGUGCGCUCGAUGGGCACGACGAUGCUCCCGACCACGACGCCGCGCGACCAUCUCUCGCGCUACUACAAGUGCGGCCGCGUGCUCGUGUGCCGGAAGCGACCACCGUCGAGUCCACCCCACGGGCCAGACAGAUAG